UUAACGUUCAUUGUGAUAAUAGCACCUUCCGCGCUAUCACUUCUUUGCAAAAAAACACAAACAUGAGAUACCUUAAACACAAAACAUUGAUAAUCCAUUACAACGAGUGCUUCAAAGUGAAGAUCGUCAAAGAUGAAGUUCUUGGGAAUCGAUUUUCUCCCUUUAAACACGCCCUUUGAACACAUAGUUCAAAGACUGGCAGCAGCGUUGAUCAUUCAAAUGAUCGGAUCUUUGGGCAUCAUCACAAUACUAUUUAACGUUUUUCUGCUUUUCACCCGUUUCUGGUGUCUACCUUUAUUCUACAUGUGUUGGCUAUAUUUCGACCGAAAUGCUGGUGAAAAUGGAGGCAGAGUGAACUUGUGGAUCCUGAACUGGAAAAUCUGGGAAUAUGGGGAAGCUUACUUCAAGCCAAAACUUGAAUUCGCCCCAAAUUGCACCCUUGACGCGAAACGAAACUAUUUGUUUGCUUGCUUCCCCCAUGGAAUACUCCCUCAUGGUACCUUCAUGACCAUCAGGAGCGUGACAUCGCCGUUCCAUCGCCUGUAUCCCGCUUUCGAUGUUAAAGUAGCAGUCUUGCCCUUACUUCUUUGGAUUCCGGGUACGAGAGAGAUCGCUUUGGGCAUAAAAUACAUUUCGUGUUCAGCCAAGUCUUUGAGUUAUGUUUUGAAAAGUCCGGAAGGCGGGAAAAUCGUGCUUUUGUACCCUGGUGGUGCCCGGGAAGCUUACAACAGCAAACCCGGCCUUAACAAAUUCACUAUUUUGAGAAGAAAAGGUUUUGUUAAAGUGGCGCUAAAAAACGGAGUUCCGUUAGUUCCUGUUGUCACAUUUCGAGAGUGUGAUUUGUUUGAACAAAUUGAAGGGCCGUGUAUUAGGAGAUUUCAAGAAUUUGUGCGAGGGAAAUUCGGCUUUGUGCCUAUUUUAGUCAACGGUUGGGGCUUGUUUCAAAACACUUUUGGAGUGGUUCCAAGGCAAGUGCCAUUGGCAACAGUUGUAGGGACUCCAAUAGAAGUUGAGAGAGUUGAAAAUCCGAGUCAGGAACAAAUCGAUGCCUUACAUAACAAGUUUAAACUAGAAUUGAAAAACUUGUUUGAAGAGUACAAAUUCAAAUUUCUGGAUAAUCCGGAACAGACAUUUUUGGAAUUCGAAUAAAAGUACAAUAAAAUACGUUUCAUGUUAA